AUGUCGCACACCAUGAUCUUGACCGGUGCCUCCAGAGGCAUCGGAGCUUCUCUUGCCCGCAUCUACUUGAGUCAGUCCAAGGACCAUAAUCUCGUCGCUGUUGCUCGUACAAAAGAUUCUUUGGAUCAGCUCGCAGCUGAGUUUGGAUCUCGUGUAGUGGUGGUCUCUGGCGACGUCACUGAUCCUGAAGUCUCAGCUCGUGCUGUUCGUGAGGCCAUCUCCCACUUUGGUGUCAUCAAUUCUGUCGUGGCCAAUGCUGGUGUAUUGGAUCCGGUAGACACCGUAGCCAAAGCAGACGUUUCGCGCUGGCGCCGUUUGUACGACAUCAACUUUUUCUCUGUUGUGGAUCUCGUGGCUGCGGCUUUGCCUCACUUGGAAAAAUCCCAUGGCAGAAUUGUGGCUGUGUCGUCUGGUGCUUGUGAGAAGCCAUAUUUCGGGUGGUGCGCAUACGGCUCUUCCAAAGCUGCCCUCAAUCAUUUGAUGAUGCUGGUUGCAGAAGAGAACCCGAAUGUGGGCGCCAUUUCUGUUGCUCCUGGUGUUGUGGCGACUUCGAUGCAAGAGGAUAUCCGUGAAAAAUUCGGAGCCAACAUGACACCCGAGAGCUUGCAGCGGUUUGUUGAUUUGCAUACCAAUGGGAAAUUGCUGCCUCCAGAAUUGCCUGCUACAGUCUAUACCAAUUUAGCCGUACGUGGCUGGACGAAGGAAAUGAACGGCAAGUACUUCAGGGUGGGCGAUUCCGCGUUGAAGACGUACGAGGACUCUGACUCUGCUUGA